GUCGUAUCCUUAAAUAAACCCCAAAUAUUUUUCACAUCGUUUCUGUUUUCUCUCUCCUUCUUCAACGUCUCUUGCUCUUCUAUCUCUCUCUCUUGCUGACAUUGAGUUAGCAAAAAUGGAGGACCUGUGGAAGAGAGCGAAGACGUUCGCCGAAGAGGCGGCGAAGAAGUCCCAAGCCUUGAGCAGCACCUCCUCCUCCAGGAUCGCCGAUCUUGUCUCCGAAACCGCCAAGAAAUCGAAGGAACUCGCCGCCGAGGCAUCCAAGAAAGCCGACCAGAUCAAGACCGCCGCCCUCAAGCAAGCAGAUCAGAUCAAGUCCCUCUCUGACACCAUCGCAAUUCCUCCUCAGUUCUCCGCCAUUUCCGCCGCCACCUCUGCCGCACCCUCCGUUUCCGAAGAAGACAUUGAAAAGUUUGGCGUCACCGACGAUCUCAGAUCCUUCGUCAAGGGUCUCACUUCUUCCACCUUCCAGAACUUUCCUCUCAAUCCCGAAGAAUCUGAGGCUUCUGAUGUUCCCACUGUGGCCACCAAUGUUCGUAAGGAUCUCAAUGAGUUUCAGGAGAAGCAUGCCACUCUUGUUUUAACUACUGUUAAGGAAAUUUCAAGGUUGAGAUAUGAACUAUGUCCACGUGCUAUGAAAGAAAGACACUUUUGGAAGAUAUAUUUCACACUUGUCAACACUCAUGUGGCUCCGUAUGAGAAGCAAUAUAUGGAGGAGGUUCAGCUCAGAGCAGCAGCAGAGCAAAAUGUGGAUGUUAAGGUAGAGCAAAGUGCUGCAACUGGUGGAACUGGCAAGGCAGAAGCAACAGGGAAGAAUUUGAAGAGUAAAUCCUCUAAUGCAUCCUCUACUGAGCAAGACUUGGAUACGUUUCUUCUUGGAGAUCUUGAAGAUAGUGAUGAAGCUCCAGAGGAUGGUGAGGGCAGCUUUGAUGAUGAUUUUGACAAGAUUGGCAAUUCUGAUGUUGAAGAUGAGAAGCAUGCGAAGAGAAUAUCUGCUGCAACAGUUUAGGAUGCCCAAUUACUUUUGUUUGAGACUGAAGUAAAAUUGAAGUUUGCUGCUUGCAAUUAACCUAGAUAUCAGUGAACGGUAAAGUUAAAACGGUUGCAGCAGUCUCGCGUUUAAGAAUGGUGGCUGCGGCAGUGGGUAGAUUUGGUGAACUUGUGGAAAAAACUGAAGUAAUUCGUUAUUGUUUAUUUGUUUACCGUAUUACCCUAUAUAGUGGAAAAAACUGUAGUAAUCAUAUAACUCUAGAUAAAAGUUGGUGGUGGGGAGCACUGCGCUUGCCUUGUACAGUUGAUCUUAUUUGUUACUGUUCCUAAAGUUCUUAUUUGAUGUUUUAAUUUCAGUGAAUAACAUCAGCAUAUUGAUUCUCGGGCUUGUUAAGUGGUUGGCAUUGUGAAUAGAGUAA